GCGGCGGCGUUGGAGGAGGAGGUGGAGGAGAGCGGCGCGCGAGGAGCAGCACGCGGGGGGCUGCGGGCGGCGCCGGGGCCCUGUCCGCAGUGAUGCCCGCGGCGCCCGGGGCGCAGGGAGUGGCCGUCACCUCCUGCGCGCACCAUUCCUGAGAUGGCGGCGGCGGCGCGGCGGCGGCGGCGGCUGGGGGAGCCGAGGAGGGGCCAGCAGGGCGCGGGCUGAGCGCCGCCGGCUCGGGAGCUCGCCCCAGGCCCGCGCGGCGCCGGCGACGGAGCCCGGGCGGGCGGGCGGGCGGGCGCGGCCUGCGGAGCGGCGAGGCCCGGGCGGCCCGGGAGCGGAGCGCGCGGCCUGAGGAGGCCGCGAUGGCGAACGCCAGCGAGCCAGGCGGCGUUGGCGGCGGCGAGGCGGCCGCGCUGGGCCUCAAGCUGGCCACGCUCAGCCUGCUGCUGUGCGUGAGCCUGGCCGGCAACGUGCUGUUCGCGCUGCUCAUCGUGAGGGAGCGCAGCCUGCACCGCGCCCCGUACUACCUGCUGCUCGACCUGUGCCUGGCCGACGGGCUGCGCGCGCUCGCCUGCCUCCCGGCCGUCAUGUUGGCGGCGCGGCGCGCGGCGGCCGCGGCGGGGGCGCCCCCCGGCGCGCUGGGCUGCAAGCUGCUCGCCUUCCUGGCCGCGCUCUUCUGCUUCCACGCCGCCUUCCUGCUGCUCGGCGUGGGCGUCACCCGCUACCUGGCCAUCGCGCACCACCGCUUCUACGCCGAGCGCCUGGCCGGCUGGCCGUGCGCCGCCAUGCUGGUGUGCGCCGCCUGGGCGCUGGCGCUGGCGGCGGCCUUCCCGCCCGUGCUGGACGGCGGCGGCGGCGGCGAGGACGAGGACGCGCCGUGCGCCCUGGAGCAGCGGCCCGACGGCGCGCCGGGGGCGCUGGGCUUCCUGCUGCUGCUCGCCGUGGUGGUGGGCGCCACGCACCUCGUCUACCUCCGCCUGCUCUUCUUCAUCCACGACCGCCGCAAGAUGCGGCCCGCGCGCCUCGUGCCGGCCGUCAGCCACGACUGGACCUUCCACGGGCCCGGCGCCACCGGCCAGGCGGCCGCCAACUGGACGGCGGGCUUCGGCCGCGGGCCCACGCCGCCCGCGCUCGUGGGUAUCCGGCCGGCGGGCCCGGGGCGCGGCGCGCGCCGCCUCCUGGUGCUCGAGGAGUUCAAGACGGAGAAGCGGCUGUGCAAGAUGUUCUACGCCGUCACGCUGCUCUUCCUGCUGCUCUGGGGGCCCUACGUGGUGGCCAGCUACCUGCGCGUGCUGGUGCGGCCCGGCGCCGUCCCCCAGGCCUACCUGACGGCCUCGGUGUGGCUGACCUUCGCGCAGGCCGGCAUCAACCCCGUCGUGUGCUUCCUCUUCAACCGGGAGCUGCGGGACUGCUUCAGGGCUCAGUUCCCCUGCCGCCAGAGCCCCCAGGCCACCCAGGCCGCCCUGCCCUGCGACUUGAAAGGCAUUGGCGUGUGAGGGGGGCUCUUCUCGCCCCUCGCCCUUUGCUCUGGACAGGGACGUCAUUCCCCCACCUUUUCUAGCCACCCACCCCCCUUUUUUUUUUGGUUUGUU